AUGAGAGCCAACUGUACAUUUGAAAUCAUAGGUACAUUUGAUCCAAAAAGUGUACAAGAAAUCCAUAGACCUAUCCAAGACACAAAAGAUUACUACUUUACCGUAGUUGCAGGAAAAGGUUACUCAAAGACAAGACCAGUAUAUUGUAUAGCUUAUGGAGAAGUCAUAGAAAAAUUCAAUGUUGCAAAUCUUACACCAGGAUGUCUAUACAAAAUUUCUGUUCUUGGGCACUAUCUGCAUCCACUCAAAGAAGGAAAAACACACCCAAGUAUUGACUCUAGAUUUAUAGCCCUUCAAAUCAAAUUAUCAGUCUAA